AAUCAAUGUAUGAUUCGUGCCGGUUUUGACUAGUCGCCAUAUAGUUGUGUAGCUAGCAAAGGAAACAAAUGGACAUGCAUAGCUCUCAGCCCAGCUGAAGAGACAGUAUUAGUAACGCAAGCUUUGCAUCUUCCAGUAGAUUCGAUCGAUAUCCAACAAUUAAUCACCAUGCCAUCGCUGCUCAUUCUAAGCCUCCUCUUGAGCACUGCGGUCCUUAACCUUGCAGCCUUGGCUACCGGAGAAGACGAGUUCGUCUUCACAGGCUUCAAGGGAGCUAACAUCACCAUCGACGGCGUCGCCACGGUCACCUCGAACGGCCUCCUCGACCUCACCAAUGCCCACGAGAGGCUCAAAGGCCAUGCGUUCUACCCUGCUCCGCUGCGUUUCCGUGAGUCCCCCAAUGGCACCGUGAAAUCCUUCUCGGUCUCCUUCGUGUUGGCCAUCUACCCCAACUACCGGCCCAGCCAAGGCAUGACCUUCUUCAUCGCCAAGAGCAUGGAUUUCUCCUCCGCUCUCCCCGUGCAGUACUUUGGCGUCUUCAACUCCGUGAACCAGGGCAACUCCAGCAACCACAUCUUCGCCGUCGAGUUCGACACAGUGGUAAACAUGGAUCUACGGGACAUCGACGCCAACCAUGUCGGGGUCAACAUCAACAGUGCCAUCUCCAAAAAGUCCAGCACCGCCGGCUUGUACGACGACCGGACUGGCUCCUUCAGCACCUUGAACCUCACCGGCGGCGAGGGGCUGCGGGUCUGGGUAGAUUACGAGAGGGAGUCAACACGGAUCAACGUGACCAUAUCUCCCGUGAGUAUGGCGGCCAAGCCAGCGAGGCCACUCAUCUCGGCCAUCUACAACCUCUCCACAGUGAUCACCGAGGACGCGUACCUUGGCUUUGGGUCUGCAGCCGGCAAGGACGGCAGCCGGCACUACAUACUUGGCUGGAGCUUCGGCAUGAACAGCCCUGCGCCGUCAAUUGACAUCAGCAAACUGCCAAGGCUCCCUCGUCUCAGCCCCAAGCCUCGGUCCAAGGUGCUGGAGAUCGUAUUGCCGGUAGCAACUGCCGCUUUUGUCCUCGUUUUGGGAAUCAUCAUUUUCCUAUUUGUGCGAAGGCAUCGUAGGUACGCUGAGCUAAAAGAAGAUUGGGAGGUCGAGUUCGGGCCUCACCGGUUCCCAUACAAGGACCUGUACUAUGCUACACAAGGAUUCAAGAACAAGAACCUGCUUGGGGUCGGCGGAUUUGGAAGAGUUUACAAAGGGGUGCUGCCAAAAUCUAAACUGGAAAUAGCCGUGAAGAGGGUAUCUCACGAGUCGAAGCAAGGCAUGAAGGAGUUCAUCGCAGAAGUUGUCAGUAUAGGACGACUCCAACACCGCAAUCUCGUGCAGUUACUCGGCUAUUGUCGGCGAAGGGGCCAACUGUUUUUGGUGUACGAGUACAUGCCAAACGGGAGUCUUGACAAGCACUUGUAUCAUCAGGAAAUGAGCAAGCUGGAGCCUACUCUAAACUGGGCUCAAAGGUUUCAGAUCAUCAGAGGAAUUGCAUCAGGGUUGCUCUACCUUCACGAGGAGUGGGAAAAGAUUGUAAUCCACAGAGAUGUCAAGGCAAGCAAUGUGCUCCUUGAUGGUGAAAUGAAUGCCCGACUAGGUGAUUUUGGUCUUGCUCGGUUGUAUGACCAUGGCAUCGACCCACAGAGCACUCAUGUGGUUGGCACUAUAGGAUACUUAGCCCCUGAGCUAGCAUGCACCGGAAAGGUAACUCCUCUUACCGAUGUAUUUGCAUUCGGCAUAUUCAUCCUUGAAGUCGUUUGUGGACAGCGGCCAAUCAAGCAAGAUACAAGUGAAAAACAGCCCAUGUUAGUUGAUCGGGUGCUUGAGCAUUGGAACAAUGGAUCACUCCUUGACACAGUGGAUAUUAGACUCCAUGGUGACUAUGAUGUAAACGAGGCAUACUUAGCACUCAAGCUAGGACUAUUAUGCUCGCACCCAUUCAUGGACGCGAGGCCUAGCAUGCGCCAAGUAAUGCAGUACCUCGAUGGUGACCGCACAACACCAGAACCAUCACCGACGGACACUACCUUCGAGAUGCUUGCUGCAAUGCAGAAUGAAGGAUUUGACCCAUAUGUCAUGUCGUAUCCUUCUUCCCUGGCAAGCCAUGGCACAUCAUCCAUUGUCUCGGGUGGCAGAUGACUCAAUGCCUAGUCGGCCACCCUCUUUGGUCGUAACAAGGGUCUUUUUCCUGCAACAUCCUCCUAUUUGCUCACAAUAUUUCCUACUAUGUGGGGUUCUUCCGGUAAAUAUCCAGAUAUUGUACGAGAUACCUGCGUUUUGUCCUUGGCAUGGGCUGUUAUGUAUAUGUUACUUAUGUACCUCUAUUAUAAUUUUAAAUAGGGUUUUUACCCUGUAUAUAUAUGUAUAUAAGGAUACUAUUUGCAUGCCUA